CUUUAAUCCAGGCAACAGUCAGAGCAGGGAAGUGUAUAUGAUGUUGCCCCCUUGGUAACAUGCAGUAGUAUUUGGUGGAUUAUUGCGCAGCCAGCGCAGUAGUGAAGGUGGGCUUUGAGCGGGAGAUGGAAACGUCCUGGAACUGUUCUUCAUGUUUCAUUCUCUCCAUCCUUUUGUCUGGAUCUUUGUGUUUCCACUCUUAAAGCUUGGAAGCAAAGAGGUGUUAUCUCUAGCACGGAGCUCAGCUUUAAAGGAAAUUGCAGGACUAAAUCUGCUUGUCAGCUUCUGAUCAGACUCCAACUAAUAGAUAAAGCAAGAGGAGGAGGACACGCGGAUGCAUCGAGGAAAAACUCGCCACUAUCCCUGAUUUUAUUUUCAACUCUGGUUUGUAGAAGAAUUCGAUUUUUCUAUUCACUGAAUUGUGCUGGAAGAACAUUUUAUGUUUGUCAACUCUGCACUGAUUUGAAAUUGAUUUUUUAUUUUCCCACCGGUGGAGGAAAUGUUGUGCUUGGAUUUUGAUGUCCUAUAGAGGAGGUUUUUGUUUUCACCUGAUCAGCAGUCCUUCAGUGUGUGAAUACUUUCUGAUCUGCACAGACCACAUGCAGGUUUUGAGACUGGGAUCAAGUUGAUCGCAUCCUUACAGACUGAAGAGUGUCCCUCUCCUCUGUGGAUCCUCAGACUUUGCUUCCUCUAAGGAGUAUCAGCCACUUGGACUAAUAAAAAAAAAGAUUCAAGAUGCAGGUGUCAUUGGUGUGCACGGACCAUCGUGGGGGAGUGAGUCGGAACACAGAGGACCGGUUAAACCGGCAGAAUGCAAACAGCCCCAACACGGGCACUCGCAGCAAGUUCAGAGCGGUGGCAAUGGUGGCUCGCAGUCUGGGACAGCUCUCGGUUCAGAGUGUGCCUUCCUCCAGCGAGCAAAGCAUGAGGACGGGCAUGAAGUAUAGAAACCUUGGAAAGUCGGGCCUGCGUGUGUCCUGCCUUGGAUUAGGAACAUGGGUGACGUUUGGUGGACAGAUAACAGAUGAGAUGGCAGAGCAGCUGAUGACUCUGGCUUAUGAAAAUGGCAUCAAUCUGUUUGACACAGCGGAGGUCUACGCUGCUGGAAAGGCGGAGGUGGUGCUCGGAAACAUCAUAAAGAAGAAAGGAUGGAGACGUUCGAGUCUAGUGAUAACAACGAAAAUCUUCUGGGGUGGAAAAGCAGAGACCGAAAGAGGUUUAUCCCGAAAACACAUUAUAGAAGGUUUAAAAGCCUCUCUAGAAAGACUGCAGUUAGACUACGUGGAUGUAGUUUUUGCAAAUAGACCAGACCCUAAUACACCCAUGGAAGAAACGGUCCGAGCAAUGACCCAUGUGAUAAAUCAGGGCAUGGCCAUGUACUGGGGAACUUCCCGCUGGAGUCCAAUGGAAAUAAUGGAAGCAUACUCGGUGGCACGACAGUUCAACCAGAUUCCUCCCAUCUGUGAGCAGGCUGAGUACCACAUGUUUCAAAGAGAGAAGGUGGAAGUGCAGCUACCUGAGCUCUUCCAUAAAAUAGGUGUGGGGGCCAUGACAUGGUCACCACUGGCCUGUGGGAUCAUCUCAGGGAAAUAUGACGGCAGGGUGCCUCCCUACUCUCGGGCCUCUCUGAAGGGUUACCAGUGGUUGAAGGACAAGAUCUUGAGCGAGGAGGGCCGGCGUCAGCAGGCGAAGUUGAAAGAGCUGCAGGCAAUCGCAGAGCGGCUGGGCUGCACUCUGCCCCAACUCGCCAUCGCGUGGUGCCUACGGAACGAGGGGGUGAGCUCUGUCCUUUUAGGGGCGUCCAGCACUGACCAGCUGAUGGAGAACAUAGGAGCGAUACAGGUUCUUCCAAAGCUGUCGUCCUCCAUCACACACGAGGUGGACAGCAUCCUGGGGAACAAGCCGUACAGUAAAAAGGACUACCGCUCCUAACACGUGGCGCGGCGCGGCCUCGCCCGGCAGGGCUGCUACCCGAGCUGCAGCCGCAGCGCACCCCACCUUUGCCUGAUCCUCUGUUUGCUUGAGCUUUUACUAAGCGAGACCCUGGCGCAUGAGUCUGGCCACACCAAGGCCACGCAGGGCAACUCGCUUAGAGUUACAGGGAUAAAGUUAAGAAAAAGAAAAAAUGCAGUCACCUCCACAAGGAAAUGAAGGGAUUGACAAAGAAAGACAAAAGUGGAAGAGGGAUUUGCGCUCAUACUUAAAUCAGUUACACAUUCAACUCAGCUGAACGUAUUUUAAAACCAUAGAGAAAAAUACCUUUUUAAAAAAGUCAAAAAAAUAAUAAUAAGCACACGCUUGCUUGGCAGCCAGAAUUCUGUUUUUAUUUGUUUGUUUUUUGCUUUUUUUUGUUUUUCUCCUUCCAAAAAUGAAUGCAACUAAAAGGAAGACGAUGUUCACACUGUAUGAAUAUACAAGAACUACUCUGUUGCACAUGUUGUACCAUUCGUUCCUUGGACGUUGUGAUUACAGCCGUGUCUCUCAAGGUUUCUCUCAAAGGAAAAAGAAAAAAAACUGUGUUGUUGACAUUAUCAGUGUAAGAGCCUUGAAUGUGGGCUUUAACAAUCAGCACUUUAGUAUUGUCAGUAUAGGUGCUGGGGGGUUGUUGAAAGGAGAGGAGAGAGGUGGGUAUUACCGUAGUUUCUUCUCACAGCCAUUGCACUUUUAGAAUUGCAUCUCCUCGCGACCGCUCCCCUCUCCUCACCCUCGCCUCACCCUCGCCUCACCCUCGCCUCGUGUCUUCACUGGCAGCGCGUUUGUCCAGCCUGAAGCUCUGACACUCCUGUUGUCGAAAGAAAAGAAAUAAGUCCUGCUUUGGACAGGGCUGAGAGGACGAGGGGGUUGAAACGACUGCGCUCUGGCUCCUCCUCCUCCUCGUCCUGACCGGUGAACUGUCCACGACAACGAGUCAGAAGUGCAGGCUGCUAUGUCGGGGGGGGCAAAUGCCACUGAAGAGAUAAGCGAUUUAUCCCCCCCCCUUUACAGAGGGAGCUGCAGCCAUCAUAAAUAAAAUGCCCCCCCCCCAGUGUGCAUCACUGUGUUCUCCCAAGCCUCCAUUCUGUUGCUCAGGCUGAGGAGUUACUGUGCAGGAAGUGAUCAUCAUAUCCGAGCUGGCUCCACCUCUCUCCUUGAUCAAGUUUUUGUUUGAGUUAAUUUUUUGCCUUAUUUACAGUUGCGUCAGACUGUGCUGCGGCUCGACCGCUGUCCCUUUGGCCGACCGGUCUCACGGAGGCGGGCGUGUUGCGGGCGAGGACGAGGUGGCGUUUCCGGUGAAUCAGAGCGCGGCAGCAGCUCAGGGAAAGGAGCAGGUGGUUUUUCAGUGGAGGUUAUAGUAACUUGUCUGUCUUUCUUUCACGCGUGGACACUGGGGGAGAGGACCAGUGACAUAUUUUAGUGUGGCUUCAGCCAAAGAUCUUCUUUGUUUUUCUCUCUCUCUCUCUUUGAUGACACACUUUAACUUCCUGCAAGGUUAUAGAAACUCAUCUUCUUGACGCAUGUGCUGUCCAAGUUUGUCAUCCAUCUAUGGUCUGGACUUUACUCCAUGUAUAUCUUUACUUGCCCAUGCUGUUUAAACUAGUUAACAAAAUGUCCUUCUUAUACAGAAUGCAUAGUACACACAGCUGAAUGCUUUUAGGAAACUUAAGGUUUGUUUAUAAGCGACACACAAGCUGGAGGCGUGUGUUCAAGCAGAAUUUGAUGCCGCCCUAUUAUCACUCGUUCUCCUGUGGGUGCUCUCUUACUGUGAUUAAAGCACAAGUGGAUAGCAUGUGAGACAACCUCGAAGCAUGGACUCUCUUCACCUUUGGUGUACAAUACCUGCAGGACAAGCGAGGUGAUACUGCUCCCCCCCCCCACUUACUUACUUACUUACUAACUAACGCGUGUAGAUAACAAAUCUUUACUAACAGCUGAAAAUAUUGAGGGAAAAAAAAAAAAUACACUUAAGUACAGUUAAGGAAAUUAUAUAAAUGAGAUGCGGGUGCUUCUUAGCGAGCGUAGAGGAAAUAAUCAAAGUGAGCGUCAUUUGUGUGGAUGAGAUUGUGUGAGUGUGUGUGUGUGUGUUGGGGAGGGGGAACAAUUAAACUAGUCCCUUGCUGUUUUAGCCUGUUGUAUUUAGUUGAUCCCUGUAUCUGUGUCUUGUGCGUCUGAGUGGAUUAAAGUGGUGCAAGCCGAUAUAAUGUUUUCUCGGAGGAAGAAGAAGAAGAAGAAAAAAAAAGGAUACGCAAAAGAGCAUUUAGUUUGUUAGUUUGUGGAGUUCCUGUGUCUUAAUAUUUCCAUCUGCAGGGAAAAGUAGAGGAAGUUUGAGAUUUCAAGGCCACGUUUGACUCUUUUUUGGGUCGGGGUUUUCCUGGAGUUAGAGAGGACUGAAACGUCUGUCCGUCAGAGAUGUGAAGCUACAGCCAACAAAAUGAUCUUUGUAAAAUCUCCUUUGUUCUCCACUCACAGGUAGAAUUUCCACUUUGUUACGAGCAGCUACAGUGCAGUGAAAAAUCAUCAAUCAUCUGUCACGAUUUAUGAGAUGAAAGGCGUUAUUAAAACAGUAUUGAAUAUUUAGUGACAUAAAUGCAUGUACAGUACAAACACGUUUCAUCAUAGAGGUUUUUUUUUAAUGCUAAAUCAAUAGUUGAUUAUAACCAGAGAGCUGUUUUUCAUUGGGUUAUUAAAAAAAUGUAAUGGAGAAAACGAUUCUUGAAAGGAUAUUAAAUGUUUCUGUGUUUGCGAUGAGACACUGAACACUUGUAAACAUUAAAUUACAGCAGGAAAUUAUUUGUGGUAUAUAAAAAAAAAUCACAUUAUUCAUUAACAAAGGUUAGAAUGAAUAUUUCAUAGUGUGGUUUUAUCAUUUUCUGUUGUGUCCGUUGACUGUUGGCUGUAGUUUAUACAGAAAACACUUCUAACUCUGGGCAAAGUAAACAUGAAUAUGCAGAUUUUACCCCCAAAAAAUAUAUCCCAGCUUCUCCUUUAAAUAAUAUCGCUGUGCAUUGUUUUUGUUAAACCACAAGUGUUAUUCCACACUGUGCUUACCUGUCCUGCAAAAAAAAAACCUUUUGUGCUGUUUUUAAAGGUUAACGCACACAUUAGAAAUGACUCUCCAUGUUUUUUUUUUUAGUUUGUUAGUUAGGGACAAAGUCAUGCUUUAAAGUGGUCCUCGUUUCAUCAUACGUGCUCUUAUCGUUGAAGAAAUGAAACCAGGCCCACGCGGUGGACAGAGCUUAUUUUACAGAAGGUUCUGGGUUAUACAGAGAAUAUAUUUUUUAUGUUUUUGCCUUUAAUGCAGUAGAGGUCAAUAAAAAUAGAAGUUUUUAUUUUUCUUCAUCACGCUGCAUUUUUCCUAUCUGUAUCGUAUUGACUUUAAAGACAAGACGAAAAGAAGCAAUUCCUUUGUGUUGUGUGUGUGUGUGUGUGCAUUAUGAGGGGAAAAACAUCGUGAGCGCCUGGUUAUCUCCUGUACAUAGUUUGACCUUUUUAUGUAUAUAUAUGUAUAUAUAUAUAUAUGUAUGUAUAUAUAUAAAUAUAUAUAUAUAUAUACAUACGUAUAUAUAUAUAUCUGGUUGUGAUCACCUUUGCCUUUUCUCUCUCUCUUUUGUUUGUUUUUUUAAUUUGAUUUCCUUUGGCAGGCGUUGCUAUCUGCACUGUGCUUGUAUCUGAAAGUUAGACAGGAUGUACAGCUUCGAUCUUCAAAGAAAAAAUGAAAUAAUGAUAAAAUAAGAAUGAUAAGCCAA